AUGUGCUGUUGGUUUGGCUUUGCUGCAUCAUUAGCAGGGAUUAUUGGUGCUUUAUGUCUAAGUGCUCUGGUUGAUCGACCUCGUUUUCGACGUUCGUUGAAAUCGUUCAUGCUUAUUUGUUUUAUCGGCUGUUUCGUGUCAGUUCUUUGCUUUCAAUUCUGUGUUCGGACGGUUUUCUCAGACAAACCACUUAUCAGUUCAGCCUCGAUUCUUAUUGGAUUUUCUCUUUCGUUUGCUGGCUUAUUUCAAGGUGCAUCAUCACCAUUAGUUUACGAAACUUCAGCCGAGAUUAUGUUUCCACUACCUGAAUCCCUUUCUGCAUCGAUUCUUGUUCAAUGGAACAACAUCGCCUGUGUUAUUUUACUUUUCGUUGCCUCACAACAAUACAAACUAAUUAAUCUACUCGUUCUUAUUGUCAUUGCUGUCUCUAUUCUGAUGGUUUCAUUCACUCGUGUUACAUACAAACGGCAGGACGAAGACUCAAGAAAAACGGCGGCGAUAGUGGUUCAAUCAGUUGAACUUGAUAGUCGGGUUCCUGAAUAA